AUGCAGAUCAACAAAAGAAAGAAGAGAGGCGCAAUUGAUUUAGUGGGUAACAUUGCGAAUGCAGUAUUCGGCGUUUUGGAUUCAGAAUACGCUAAAAAUAUGGCGCAGACGAUUCAACAACUAAAAAAUGACGACAAACAUUUGCUUAACCUUUUAAAAAACCAAACUUCAAUUUUAGAUUCUACUCUAAAUAUCAUGAAACGAAAUCAGCAGCAGUAUCAAACAACCUUUGAAUUAACAGUCGAGCGAUUGAACGUUGUAAAGGCAAAAAUGUUAGAAGAGGACAAGGAAAUUUAUAAUUUAAAACUCCACCAACUUUUCACUGCAAUUUCAACUCAACUACUAAGUGUAACAACAAGUAUUCAAUUUUACGAAUCAGCAAUUUUAGGAGUGUUGACCGACACAAAUCAUGGUAAAAUCAGUCCACUUCUCCUGACGCCAAAGCAACUCAUGAAUGAGGUUACCACAAUGAGGGAACAUCUCAGGUCAACAAUGCAGUUGCCGGUUAACAUGAGCAACAUUUCUGAGCUAUAUUCUCUUAUGACAGUCAGCAGCGGUUUAUUUGAUACCAAAAUGUUGUUUCAAAUAACUCUACCACUAAUCAAUGAUCAGUCCUUUGAUUUAUUCGUUGUUAUUCCCGUUCCAGGGAUCAUAAACGGAGAAUACGUGACAAUCACACCAUGCACGUCUAUGAUGGCAUUCAAUACUCAUAGGAAUGGAUACUUUCCGAUUUCAGAAAUACAGUUGUCACAAUGUGUGUCUUCAAAAAAUGAUGUCUUCAUCUGUUCAGAUACACAAGAAAUAUAUUCUCUUGAAUCAGGCAAGUGCACUUGCGAAGUAAAUCUAUUUAAUAAUAGUACAUCAUCUUGCACUUGGCAAAGUUUCACAAGUAAUACCUUAUGGAUCCAGGCUGUUGCGCAAAAUCAAUGGAUGUUCGUCGCAAGAAACCCUGUAAAGCUAAACGCAGUAUGUGACAAUGAGCAUUCUCAGGUGAAAUUGCAAAAUACAGGUUUACUUGAGCUCCCACCAGGGUGCAUACUCUCACAUCAUACGGCAACAAUAACCAGCCAUUACACAAUGACUACUCGCUUAAAAUAUUCCCACACAAGCUUCCAUUCAAGCCCAAUAGUGACAGCGAUUCCUCGGCAAUCAUCUCUAAAGUUGAAAAACAUCAGCAUGGAGACAGCUAACGAUGAAAUAACUAGUUUGAAGGCAUCUUUAAAUAUGAUAAGGUCUCAGGAAGAACUGCCGAACAAUGCACUAUCGCAGCACCAACACCAUUUCAUUGUGGAAUAUACGGCAUUUGGUCUCAGCGUGCUCAUAUUCUGCAGCAUAAUCGGUCGAUAUUUAUUCCGAAGAAAUACACACCGUCACAGGAUUGGUACACCCCACCCACAACCACGAAGACGAGUUCAAGAGCAACAUGCAAUGUCCGAGGUCGAAGUAGCAGAAGAGGAUUGA